UUCCAGAACAGAACACAGCUCGGAGAAACAGACACACAUAGAGAGAAACAGAUAGAGAAAGAGAGAGACACAGAGGGAGAGGGAGAGAGAGAGAGAGAAUCAGAAAUAGAGAGAGAGAGAGAGAAAUCGAAGAUGGGACUCUGCUUUGGUUGCUUUGGUGGAGGCGACAAGCGUAUGACCAAGGAAGAAGAGAGAUUGGCCUCUGAAGAAGCGCGUAACAGAGCUGCUGAAGCCGCUCAGAAAAGGCAAGAGCAAUUUGAGAAUUCUCCAGCAGGACGUGCUGCACGUGCACAGCAACAAGCAAUGGCAAAGCAAUCUGCAAAUGCCAACAAAGGCGAACCUGUUCUUAAGUGGCAGAUGGGUUAAAGUUAAGUUAGGCUAGGCAUUUGUCUGUUGGGCUCAACUUUUUAUUACAUGUAAGUAUUAGUGAUAGGUCCAGUCAAAUUCUAUGCACAGCAUGCUUCCCUUGUUCCGAAGAUAAACAAAAGUCUUUACUGCAAUUGUAUCAUCAGUGCAAUUUGUUGUUUUCUAGUCCAAGAAAUAUUCUGUUUGAUUGUAAAUAAUUCAUGUUGAAUGGAAAUGGGGAUAAGUUGAGAAGAUAGUUUUUUUUUUUUUUUCCUUGUAUGAUAUUUCAGCAACUCCAUUUUCUCUCUGUAAAAAUUCAACUCAUCAACAUGUUACAUGUUUAUUGAUUCAAGCUUUGAGUG